AUGCAACAAAUCCUUCUCGGUCAUGGGAAGCGUCUUGAAGGAUGCAGAGAGAUGGAAAAUCUUGGAUAUCAUGUGCUUGAACUUGGCACUUGGCAUCUUCGAUGGAGAAGGGAGGGAGAAAGUGGUGUUAAUCAAGUGGACAAGAUUUCUGGUCGUGAGAAUAUGGGGAGGUUAAGGGAGAAUGUAUCGAGAUGGUUAUAUCAUCUUAACCUAAGUGGAAGAUACGCAGUUGUCGAUACUACGGCUCACGCGACUUUGCGUGGUAUUCUGGAUUUAGGUGAUGGAUGGAAGAAGGUAACAUUCAUCAGAUACGCAAUACUUGCUUCUCAGGCUUAA